AUGCCUCGACCUAGAAGACCUGGUGCACCAGAACCAAAGCGUCGAAGUCGUAAAGGAUGUUGGCCGUGCAAAGCACGCAAGGUAAAAUGUGGCGAGGAGAAACCAGCAUGUCUUAAUUGCCAGCGACAAGGUGACCCGUGCGACUAUAGUGUUCGCCUGAACUGGGGAGGAAGGACGAAACGCAUAUCAAUUGACUCACCGAAUUCACAAUCCAGUGGGUAUGGAGGAGCUGUAGUUGGAUUUUCGGACUCAUUCGCUGUCAACAAUAUGAGUCCGAUUUCGUUCUCAACUCCAACAAGCAACCCUGCAGAUGGAUUUCUCAACUCUCUUCCAGGGGAUUUGACUUCGCCGCCAGCAGUAUCUCCAAGCACACCAGCACAAGUGGGCCUGUUCGAUUCCCCCAGUCUCGGUUCAGGCUCUGAAGGGGUGACCUCGCCUGGCCAAUUAGAGUCUCAGUUCUCUACACCUUGGGCGGAACAAUCCCCUCCUUUGACAACAUCAGCAUCCUCGGCGCCCUUAUUACAAUAUCAAUUUGGACAGAGCUUUGAUACCUCAUAUCUGGGUUCAAUGGAUCAGAUAUCUGGUCUCAGAUCACUAUCUGCCUUUGCAUUCCAUACAAAUCCUGUGUCGCAGCCAAUCUCAUACCUGCGCCACUCUGGAGAUGCUUCCUGUCGCGGCUCGGACUCAUCCAUAUUCCACUCUCGUGAUGACGGACAUCUUUCUCGGGAGUCAUAUGAUGACCAGGGCAUUCAUCUUGGUGCUGGGUCUGGGACUGAACAAAACGGAUCCUCACACAGCCCGCAGGAUACUAGCGGCCUGUCCUCCAUGCUUUUCGAUUCACACCGAGUGUCGAUUACUGAAAGUGAUGCAAACUCGUCUCCGAGGCUUCGUGAGACAGCCAGCAACAUCGGUUCUGUACAUGACUAUCACAAUGAAUUGAAAUCAGAUCGUCACGCUUUGGGAGAGAGCAAUCACGAAGCUGAUCAAACGUCGCACGAGUCUUCAAUGGCCCAGAGCAAAUGGCAAACGUAUCUGAAUAACGUGACCGACAAUUAUGGAUUGGACUCUGGGCGUCCUGAUGAGGAUUUGACUUUCAAUAAUGACCAUGCUGCCAUAGACAUCAACUCAGCGUUGGAUUUGAUCAGUUCUCGGUGGCGCAACGAGGAACCUGCACAGUCGAAAGCCUCCCAAUCUGACCCCAAACUACAGGUUCAGUUCUGCAGUGGUUACUAUGCUUCCCCAGUGCCCAUCAAUGUUCCGAGAUACUUGUCUCCGCUUCCGUCAUCACUCCUGGAGAACCCCAUCAAUUUGAUGUACUUCCAUCAUUUUCUGAAUCACACUGCUCGAAUGCUUGUUCCCCACAACUGCGAUAAUAACCCAUUUAUCUCAGUUUUGCCAUCAAUGGCAAUCGGUGAUUCCAAUCUCCUUAAUUUGCUGCUUGCGUACUCCGCUAGUCAUCGCGCUCGAUAUCUAGGUCACCCCGAGCCCGCUAAUCGAAUUGCUCAUUGGGUUAGCGAUGUUUUCCCAACCUUGCGUAUGGCAUUGGAGUCCCCAAAUGAAGACAUUACUGACGGUCACUUGGCUACGGCUAUUAUGCUGUUGUCAUUAAAAAUUGUUUCUCCGGGAACAUUUGAAGUGCCGAUCACCUGGAAGACCCACCUCAAGCUUGCUCGCGAUCUAUUCCUUGCACGGAGCGAAAGCAUGGCGCAGCCGGGGAACAGAGUUGGGGCGCUCUUCGCUCGCUGGCUGGGCUAUCUCGACACUAUGGGAUCUUUGUCAUGCCGCGAAGCCGGUCCUCCACUAACGAUAUACCACUCCAUCUUAACAGCUUGCUCCGCGCCUGACGGCCAUGAUGAGCUGGGUGUUGACUGCUUCACGGGGUUUACUCCCCGCACUGGAGUGUUUCUGAUCCGUCUCGCACAGCUGGUGCAGGAAUGUGACAAUCAACGCUUCGACGAAAUGGGUAACUUCCGGCAUGACUGGCAUGCAUCUGCGGAAAUGGUUCUGGAAGGACAAUCCUUACUUGAUGGUAUCGACGAUGGGAUCACCGAGGGUCCUCAUACUAUUCCAGAACACCAUCAGGGUCUCGAGUCCUCGGACAUGAUAGCCAUUGAAGAAGCCUUCCGGUUCGCCGGUAUCCUGCAUCUCCAUCGGCGUGUUCUUGGGUCUCCGCCUGACUCAUCUCCCGUGAAAAAUGCUUUGGGCAAACUCAUCGACGCCCUUGGGCGCAUGCGGCCUGGUGCAGCCACUGAAGUCUGCUCCUUGUUUCCGCUCUUCACGGCUGGUUGUGAAUCCAGAGAUGCAGUUCAAAAAGAAAAGAUCUUAGACCGGUUCUUUGUGUUAGAAAGCUCAGGCAUGAAACAGAUUCAAAAUGCACGCCAAUUGAUGCAACACUGCUGGGAUGAAAACCUGCCUUGGAUUGCCCUGGCUAGCGGUCAGUUCUUAGGUUAG